UAGCCCCGCCUCCUUCUCCCGGCCGCGCUGGGAUCCCCGUUCUCUAUGUUGUAGCUGCUCCCGUGUCGCCACAUCCCGGUCGGGCACCCUGGCAUACAGUGAGCGGGCGCAGGUGGCAUGGCUGGAGGCGGGCAGGAGCAGUGACACGGCUGUGCUGCGGCGUCUCGGUGCGGAUCCUUCCCAGUCCAUGGGAGUGCGGAGGACAUCUUCUCUGUACAGUCACCAGCACAAGGCGAAUUAGCUAUUACCGACAGCGGCUCCAGCGAGAAGAAGGCGGCAGCCAUGCCCGCAGUGAGCACCGAGCCCGAGUGUGCCCUCAGCUACCAGAGAUCUGAUGAAGAGGCUGUUGUAGACCAAGGUGGAACCAGCUCCGUCCUUAAUAUUCAUUAUGAAAAAGAAGAGCUCGAAGGGCACAGAACAUUGUAUGUUGGCGUUCGGAUGCCACUGGGUCGACAAAGCCAUAGACAUCAUCGAACUCAUGGACAGAAGCACAGAAAACGAGACCGCAUGAAGGGAGUUAUACAAGAGGAAGGACAUGAUGAGUCUUUAGCACAUGACACACCAUCCCAGAGAGUGCAGUUUAUUCUUGGAACAGAAGAGGAUGAAGAACAUGUGCCCCAUGAGCUGUUUACAGAGCUAGAUGAAAUCUGUGUCAAAGAGGGAGAAGAUGCAGAAUGGAAAGAGACAGCGAGGUGGUUAAAGUUUGAAGAAGACGUAGAAGAUGGAGGAGAGCGCUGGAGUAAACCAUAUGUCGCUACACUCUCUCUUCAUAGUCUGUUUGAACUGAGGAGCUGCAUUAUAAAUGGAAUUGUUCAGCUGGAUAUGCGUGCAAACACCAUAGAAGAAAUAGCAGAUAUGAUCUUGGAUCAGCAUGAUUCGUCUGGGGAAUUAGGAGAUAAUAUUAGGGUAAAAGUAAAAGAAGCACUUUUAAAAAAACAUCACCAUCAAAUUGAGAAGAAACGCAACAAUCUCAUCCCUAUGGUGCGCUCUUUCGCCGAAGUUGGAAAGAAGCAGUCCGAGCCUCAUUUACUAGACAAAAAUACUCUGUCAGUUUCUCCACAGCCCACCCCCUCGACUUUAGAAGUUAAAAAUGGUGCAAACCAUGACAACAGCAGUGCUGUUGAUCUUAGCAAGGUGGAUCUUCAUUUCAUGAAGAAAAUACCUACAGGAGCAGAAGCCUCCAAUGUCCUAGUUGGAGAACUGGAUUUCCUAGAGCGACCGAUCGUAGCCUUUGUCCGUCUGUCCCCAGCAGUUCUUCUUACUGGACUGACAGAAGUCCCUAUCCCCACGAGGUUUUUAUUUAUCUUACUGGGGCCAGUAGGAAAAGCACAACAGUAUCAUGAGAUUGGCCGAUCAAUGGCCACCAUAAUGACAGAUGAGAUUUUCCAUGAUGUUGCUUACAAAGCAAAAGACAGAGGAGACCUGUUAGCUGGGAUUGACGAAUUCUUGGAUCAAGUGACGGUGCUCCCACCGGGAGAAUGGGACCCAUCGAUCAGAAUUGAGCCACCAAAGAAUGUUCCUUCUCAAGAGAAAAGGAAGAUGCCGGGAGUCCCCAAUGGAAAUGUCUGUCAUGUGGAUCCUGAGCCGGAGCCAGAGCAGAGUGGACCUGAACUGCAGCGCACAGGGAGGCUGUUUGGCGGUCUGGUGGUAGACAUAAAAAGAAAAGCUCCUUGGUACUGGAGUGACUACAGGGACGCGCUGAGCUUGCAGUGUGUGGCUUCUUUCCUCUUCUUAUACUGUGCUUGCAUGUCUCCGGUCAUCACAUUUGGGGGUUUGCUUGGAGAAGCUACCGAAGGUCGAAUAAGUGCAAUAGAAUCCCUGUUUGGUGCUUCUAUGACAGGAAUUGCUUAUUCCUUGUUUGCUGGACAACCUCUUACCAUUUUGGGAAGUACAGGACCUGUGUUGGUUUUUGAGAAAAUUCUUUUCAAGUUUUGCAAAGAAAACGAGCUGUCAUAUCUAUCGCUGAGAGCGUGCAUCGGACUCUGGACAGCUUUCCUCUGCCUUGUUCUGGUUGCCACUGAUGCCAGCUCUUUGGUUUGUUACAUCACACGUUUUACAGAGGAAGCAUUCGCCUCGCUGAUUUGUAUUAUUUUUAUCUAUGAAGCCAUAGAGAAGCUGAUACAUUUGGGAGAGACAUAUCCUGUUCACAUGCACAGUCAGCUGGACAAGCUAACUCUUUAUUACUGUAAAUGUGCAGCUCCAGAUGUUCCAUCCAAUAACACAUUGCAGUACUGGAAGGAUAAUAACAUCAGCCUUUCUGAAGAUGAAUGGGCCAACCUCACAGUCAGUAAUUGUAAAAUGAUGCAGGGAGAGUUUGUAGGACCUGCCUGCGGACACCAUGGGCCGUACACUCCAGAUGUCCUCUUCUGGUCCAGCAUCUUGUUUUUUACCACAUUUGCACUGUCCGGCACGUUGAAAACGUUUAAAACAAGUCGCUACUUUCCUACCAAGGUCCGAUCGAUGGUCAGUGACUUUGCAGUGUUCCUCACCAUCCUGAGCAUGGUGAUACUGGAUUAUUUGAUCGGAGUGCCCUCACCAAAGCUUCAAGUUCCUAAUGAAUUUAAGCCAACCAGAGAUGACAGAGGUUGGUUUGUAAAUCCUAUUGGACCAAACCCUUGGUGGACCGUGUUCCCUACAGUAAUCCCUGCUCUCUUAUGCACCAUUUUAAUAUUUAUGGACCAGCAGAUUACUGCUGUUAUUAUCAACAGGAAGGAGCAUAAACUUAAGAAAGGAUGUGGCUACCACUUGGAUCUGCUGAUGGUGGGGCUGAUGCUGGGAAUCUGCUCUAUCAUGGGAUUACCAUGGUUUGUUGCUGCUACUGUCCUCUCCAUUACCCAUGUAAAUAGUCUUAAAUUGGAAUCGGAAUGUUCAGCUCCAGGAGAACAGCCCAAAUUUCUUGGCAUCAGAGAACAGAGAGUGACCGGCUUGAUGAUCUUUGUGCUUAUGGGCUGCUCUGUGUUUAUGACUACUGUGUUGAAGUUCAUACCGAUGCCAGUACUCUAUGGAGUAUUCCUGUAUAUGGGGGUCUCUUCAUUAAGAGGCAUUCAGUUCUUCGACCGUCUCCUUCUGUUUGCAAUGCCGGCCAAACAUCAACCUGACUUCAUCUACCUGCGGCAUGUUCCUCUGCGCAAAGUCCAUCUUUUCACUAUAAUUCAGCUCACUUGUCUGGUUCUCCUUUGGGUUAUUAAGGCAUCUCCAGCUGCAAUUGUGUUCCCUAUGAUGGUCCUGGCUCUGGUGUUUGUCCGCAAAGUCAUGGAUUUUUUUUUCACAAGCCGGGAGCUGAGCUGGCUGGAUGACCUGAUGCCGGAGAGUAAGAAGAAGAAGCUGGAGGAUGCGAAGAACAAAGCCAAGGAAAUGGAGGAGGCAGAAAAAAUGCUCCAGGCUUCAGAUGACAAAGGAGUCCAGCUUCCCUUAGAAACUAGGAAAUUACUGGGCAGCCCUGGGAAAAACAAUAAUUCAAGAUGCGAUCCUUCUGACAUUAAUAUCUCAGAUGAAAUGCCUAAAACUACUGUGUGGAAAGCACUCAGCAUGAACAACGAAAGCUCAAAAAAGGACAGAAGCUUUUUUUAAAUAGGCGUCUUGGCAUAUGAAGGACAGCGCGAUGACUCAGGGAAAGGCCAAGACCCAAAUGUGGCAUACAGUUUUUGAAGGGAGAUCCCCGUAUUUACUUCACACGAAGGAUCCAUGUUAAAGCCAUCAGAAAUUUUUUUCUUAUAUAAAUAUAUAUAAUUUUUCUAUUUCAUUUUCAGUGUGUGCUUUAACAAGCUGGUAUCAUCCAGCGUCAUCGAUGCACAUAGAAAAGAGGGAGUCUCCACCAAGGCAAAGCAGGACUGGGACUUUACAUGGAUUCAGUGAAAGCAUGUCAAGAAAGAUUCUGAGAAUCUCAUAAGAUCCCCUUACCCCAGUGCGGGGUACAUUCAGACUGCAUAUUACCACUUCUAGUGUUUGCCAUCCAAAAGACAAGCAUUACUGUAUACUCCUAGUACAUGAGUAUAGUCUAGGCUUUUGUUACACGUGCGGUAGAAAACAGAGUAUUCUGAGAGGGGCAUUUGGUGGUGACGGGCCGGUCGUCUUGCAGAAUCCAAGUUUACAACAUCUAAACUUCUGACAGUGCCCUGAGCUUAGUUUGUGCAUUCUGCUAUUCUGUAAGAUGUAUUACAAUCAGCAGUCAUAAUAUGGAUGUCUAGAAUUUCUAUCCCUUUCUCCAUACAGAUGUAGUCUAAGGCCAGAGCACUAUGUAGAUACAGCAGUGUUGAGUUUGUCAUUUAGCAUGUUGUGCCAUGAUAUCAGAAUGUUUUACCUGUGGUUUUACAUAGGACUGCAGGUAAACUUGCUAUAUACCAGCCAACAUUUUUUUUUUUUUUUAAAUCAAACUGUCCCACAAACUGGUCUGUGAUAGGUUAUGGCUUAUAAGGAAUAAAAGAGAAAUGUCUGUGCACUUUGGAGGGCAAAAUGUUCCACAAUUUUGAAUUUGAAGCAUUACUGUGAUUAAUAUUACUUAUUAAAAUUUUGCACAGACAUAUCAAAUGUUAAAGAGGUAGUCCAUCAAAAAAACUAAUAAGUGUCAGAUAACGGGGAGUCCGACCACUGGGGCCCCCCGCGAUCUCCCGCUCGGCACCCCGCCCAUUUCUAUGGGAGCGCCGGAGAUGCCUGUGUUCAGAAAGAAUGGAUCAUGUGCCAACCUCAGCACACACUCCUGUCAGAGAGCCAGACCCGUUCAGGAGAUCGUGGGGUCCCAGCAGACUGACACUUAUCCCCUAUCCUGUGGAUGGGGGAUAAGUUGCUUUUCUCUGCAGUACCACUUUAACUUUUGAUAUGCCUGUGCGACAUGUCAAUAGUUAAUAUCAAUGACAGUAACACUUUAAAGCUGUGUUUCCCAGUCAGUUUGCUGGCUGUUGCAAAACUACAACUUCUAGCAUUCCCAUUCGCUGUCCGGGCAUGCUGGGAGUUGUAGUUUUGCUAUAGCAGGAGGCACACUGGUUGGGAAACGAUGCUUUAAAGUUUAUUAUCUUGCCAUUCUCACAUUACAUAAAGAAAAAUAAAUGACAGUUCAAGCUCUGCUACAUCUAAACCUAAAGGCUAUUUACACCUGUGCAUCCAAAAUUUUUUAUUCCUCCAAUGCACCUAAAAUGUAAAAAAAGAUGCAGUUUAAAAAAAAAAAAGAAAAAAGUCUUUAUUAAAAUCUGCCUUUUUUUUCUGUCCACAGCUACUAUGCAAAACUAUGUGGCUCCAUUGCUACAGACUACAAGCAAACCCUGGGUAGUCUGGUCCUGCAGUCCUAUUCCUUUUUACCUGCUGCCUACUUUACGCUAACCUACUGAAUGUACAAAUGUAGCUGCUGCUAAACACAUCAUGCUAGCACAGUCCACCAGCAUCCUUCAACCUUUACACAUGCCUGGUACAUCUUGGCAUUGGGCAGGUGUGAUAUCUAUACAUGUACGAAAGUGGCAAUGCAUACAGUACUGUGAGCAUCACCUCUUUCUGCAUUCACCAAACCAAUUGCUGGUGAAUGCACAGUGAGUGUUUAUGCAUACAGUACUAUGUGCAUCACCGCUCAAUACACUACUGUGUGCAUUACCGCUUAAUACAGUACUGUGUGCAUCACCGCUCAAUACAGUACUGUGAGCAUCCCCUCUUUCUGCAUUCACCAAACCAAUUGCUGGUGAAUGCACAGUGAGUGUUUAUGCAUACAGUACUAUGUGCAUCACCGCUCAAUACAGUACUGUGUGCAUCACCGCUUAAUACAGUACUGUGUGCAUCACCGCUCAAUACAGUACUGUGAGCAUCGCCUCUUUCUGCAUUCACCAAACCAAUUGCUGGUGAAUGCACAGUGAGUGUUUAUGCAUACAGUACUGUGUGCAUCACCGCUCAAUACAGUACUGUGUGCAUCACCGCUCAAUACAGUACUGUGUGCAUCACCGCUCAAUACAGUACUGUGUGCAUCACCGCUCAAUACAGUACUGUGUGCAUCACCGCUCAAUACAGUACUGUACCCACAGGAGUAGGGAGUCCUGCUAUAGACAGAAGUCCCUGCUUCUAUACAUACUUUCCAUGGCACGUACACAAUAUACCGCACCAUAAAAAAAAAGAUUAGUGCGCCGCUGAUGUGUUUGGCAGUGGCUACAUCUGUAUUCUAACAAAAAGUAGGGGGUCAAAAGGCAAGGAGUACAAUAUUGGAGUUUGUAGUCUGUAACCACUGCAGAUGGUAAAAAAAAAAAAAUUUUAGCAACGCAUUGGCACAAUACAAAAAUGGUUGCAAUAAAAAAAUCGGUCAUAGCUUUUAUAUUGCUGGUAAGCGGCUUUUAUUUUAAAAUGGUGUAGAAAAUUAUUUAUUUUGGCCUUAUUGGAAAGUAAUAGAUUUUCUGUAUAUUUCCCUUUUAAUUUAGCAUCUUUUAUGACAUGGCAAUAAGAGUGCAGAGACCAAUGUUGUUUUUUGUUGUAUAUUUUAUGUUCCUUUAUCUUUUCCAAACAUUCUAGGCAUGUGACAUGGGUUUCUUGUAAAUAAAUGUCCUAUGGCCAGCAUCAGCUGAGGGAUUCUAGAUAGAGAUGAAUAUAUAUAAUUAACAAAUAUUUCUCACAGGCUCUUGAUGUUGUCUAUGGCACAUGCUUAUGUGAAUAUCUGUGCAUCUGUAGACCUUGUAUAAAUUGGACAUCUGGCAUAUAGUGUAUCACUGUGGGUGAGUUUCAACCUAAAGUUGUAGGCAAAUGUGGCAGAUGUUUAGCACUCACACAAGAUGUUGUGAUUACAAUUUCAGUGAAAUCUAGAAAUCUUUUUUUUUUAGACAAAUCUUUAGUAACAUUUCUUCGAUUUUCACUGUAUUUUUCUGUAUUUAAUAAGAGUAUAUAUCUUUGUAGAAAUCAUUUUGAACAAAUUCAGGUGAUCAGUACAGCUAAACUGGUACUCCUGCCAUCAUAUGCCAUAACUUCACGGAGUUAAAAAAAAAAAAAAAAAAAAAGAUUAAUUAAAACACAAAUAUCAAUCAAUAAAUAAAUGGCUACUACAAGCCAACACCACUCUGACCAAAGUGUAUGCCUGAUCCCCCCCCAACAACAAGUCCUAGAAAUUAAAGCUCCACCUACUGGACAUGCAAGGUAGUAGAGUAACAGAAUGUAAAACCAAAAAAUGAGUAACAUCAGUAUUAAAUAACUAUGAUGAACUUUGUUCAUAGAUCAUUAUCCCAAAUUGUAUCUUGUAAGCUGACAGCUUUUUUUUAUGUUUGUUUUAUUUUUAUGCCAUUUGCAUAUGUCUUGGUGAAUAUGUAUGUGUAUUUUUAUUACUAAAAUUGGUUUGCGACAGUUUACUGCUGUUAUAUUUUUAUUUGAUGUUCAAAGUAAAUUAAGGUGAAAUUGCUGUACCUGCACAUGGUGAAAACGUGUCUGUGUUUGUUAACUAUUCAUUGUUUGUACAUUAACAUCUCACACCUUCCCACCUCCUGAUACCUCCCUUCUUUUGGGGACUGUUCUGUGAACUGGAAAAAAAAAACCUGUAGAAAAUGGAGAGUCGUCUUCUACUAAUGCAUUUGAAUGUGCCUAAAAGUGCAUACAAUGCUGAAGUGGAUGGAAACAUGAGAAAGUCUUCAGAUCCAUCCAUUAUAAUGAGCCAAAAGUUAUGUUGUACAGAAUUAUGGACCCACAAAUAUAAAUCCUUUGGCCUCUUUUACAUGGUGAAAUUUCCAAGCGGAAUCCAGCAGAAAAAUUCUGCUCGGAAAUUCCAUUUUCAAUCACCGUGCGUAUGGCUGAUGUUUCUGCUGCGGAAAUUCAGAUUUUGGCCUCUGCAGAAAGAAUUCACAUGCCAAUUCUUCCUGCGGAAUCUGCUCGGCAAUGCAUUGUCCUCUGUGGAGAGGGUCCAUGUUCUGCCGGUUUCCCCUGUCUGUGGAAUGUCUGCCGCAAAUUUUCUGGAUGGACAUUACACAUAUUUUACGCCAUGUGAACAUAGCCUUAGAGGAUUCUGUAACUACACUUUACUGUUUUGUGGCAUUUGAGUCUUGGAUUUGACCACCGUUCAGUAUCUGCAUCAAGUCUGUUGUUGCUACUACAAUUUAGAAUUUUCAGGCCCAAGAAUUGGGCGGAGCUCUACAAAUAUACAUAAGAAAACAAAGUAAUCCAUUUUGGGGGUGUAGUUCAAACAUAACAGGAAGUAGGGCUUAAAAUUUCACACAAUUUUGGAAUACGAGAUGCAGUCUGAGACUCUUGUUUUUAAAAGGAAUCUGUCAUAAUGAAAAUGGGAGGUAUGUUAACAUAAUUAACCGUUGUGCUGUCAGGACUAUUUUUAGACAUUUUACAUGUUCAAAUGAAACCUCCGUAUGCCACUCAGCACUUUAUUGGCGCUGUCAAGCCAUUUUGCAUUAGCGUGUAAUUUUUCACUAGAAUAAAAAUGCACAAAAAUCAUUAUUAAUGCUGAAGGUGUGAUUGAACAGCAUGUUUGAUGAACCACAACCCUUAAAGGGGUACUCCACCCCUAGACAUCUUAUCCCCUUUCCAAAGAAUAGGGGAUAAGAUGUCUGAUCGCGGGGGUCCCGCCGCUGGGAUAUAGCAUGCGGCACCCACCUGUUUCUGCUCCGGAAGCUCUGGAGGGUCUGGGUCCCGACCACCGGAACGGAGGUCUGUGACGUCAUGACUCCACCCCGAUGUGACGUCCAGCCCCGUCCGCUCAAUGCAAGUCUAUGGGAGGGGGCGUGACGGCCGUAUCUGUCCAGCCUGUCAGAAGUGUCAAAUAAUAUUUCUUUCUACUUUUCUUUUUUCUUUUUGCUUGUUUAUAAAAUUAAAGGUGUCAUUACAAAGUACAAUGAGUUCCACCAAAAACAAGCCCUCAUAUGGCCCCAUUGGUGUAAAAUUUAGAGUUUUGACUCUUAGAAGAUGAAAUGGAAAAAAAAAAAAAAGUAGAAGUAGGAUACUUAAAUGAGCAGAGAUUUACAUGAAUGAAUGAUUAGUUAUACUAGAAUUUUUACUAUGAAACUAUAUAUCAAUCUGCUCAGCUUCUUGUGAAAUCUAUUAUGCUCCCUGCAGAUUGGACUGCAUUUUCAACAUGACAGGUUCCCUGUAAAAAUAAAUUGCCAAUAUGUUGUGUGUUUCUGUGUAUUUAAAAUACUGUGCAGCAGAUUUACUACACCAAAUGUGAUAGAAUUCUGGCUUAAUUUGCCCCCCCCCCCCCCCCCCCCCCCAAAGAAAAAAAAACUGCCUUACCUGGCAUGCAGUACAUUCAUUGUUGUUGCUUGCUCAACAAACAGCAAGGCUUAACUUAAAUUUGAUGUUUCUAGGUGAAAAGGGGCUGUGACUUGAAAUGCAAUAGGGGAUUUUGACACAAAAUAUUGGCGUGAAGGAAGCAAACUAAUAGGAAGUAUAAAGUUAUAAGAACAUCAACAAGCAUGCCAUGUAUACAUACAAAUGUCUAGUUUAGAAUGGACUAAUCCAAAGAUACUGCAUAACUAGUAGCCUUUUCCUACUAUGGCAAAACAAACAAACAAACAGUGUUUUAAAAGUAAAUACGUGUCAUCAUUUUCAUGCUAUGAAAACCAAAAGUCAUUGGGGUGAUCCCUGGAGGCUUUUCCCCGCCAUACGGGCCAUGAUUGGAUUGGAUUGUUGAUAUACCCAUAAAGGGAUAGAUCUAUCAAUCAAGACUGGUGGGGCAGAUAGAAGCCACCGGGGACUAUGACAAUGACUUGUGGUUUGGGGAACAUGAAAGUUAUAACAGGUUCCCUUUUCCCCCUAGAAUAGCCUUCGAUGUGUUGGUUAUUAUCUAAAUAAGCUUAGUUUCUUUGAAAUAGGUGACUAUAUUACAUUACAGCAAAUUUGAAGCAUAGUUCUUUCCCUUCCAUUAUAUUAAUUGUAGAUGGAUUGGGCUGAUGGUUAGUGAUACGUUAAUAUAUGUGGCAUACAUUAGAUAAUACAUUACACUAUGUAGAUUAUCACUAGUGUUCCCACAGCUAUUAUUUCUUUUCAUAUGAUAUAUUUCAGAUUUUUUAUAGGUUUAAUGAGAAUGGAUCAAACUUUGGACUGGUAAUUGAUGGAUAUUGUUUAGAAAGUUUAUCAGACCAAUAAAAUAUAGGACACUGAAUGAUGAGGAACCUUGCCUUUCCAUUGAUGGCUGCUCUGUUACCCCUUGGCUUUAUCAGUUAGGUGUCAUUAUACACUGAAUUGCCUCCACAGUGGUAGAAACCACUCUACUAUGUUCCUGAGCUGAGCUCUUUAAAGUACCCGCGAGGCACUCUGCCUACCAAAGCCACUGUCGAAUACAAAACCUUCUUGCUCAACGUUAGAUAUCCAUGUCAAGGCAGGUCUUUGUCCCUCUUCCCACCAGAUUACCUCUUCACUUGAGUAGGUUGGUGGUCCCUUAAUAAGGAAGGAAUACAAAUACGGUGCUGGCACAAUGAACAUUUCUUCCUUAACAGCUAGUAGAAAUAUUAUAGAUUAUUUUGUUUUAGAGAUACUGAAAUAUAUUUAUUUUGUUUUAAAGAAUGUAGAAACAAUUCUUGUUGUGAGUGAUGUAAAAAAAAAAAAGCAAUGUGUUUUUUACUUUUCUUAUUAUUAUUAUUUUCCCAUGAGGUGUUGGUAAGACGCAGAUAUGUGCUUCUUAUCCAUUUUUCUCCAAACACUGUGUCUUCUCAUAGUUGAACAACCAGGUAACAUUAUGAGGCAUCAUAUAAUACAAUUAUGUCCGAUCAUAGAUAUUGUAGAUAGACCGUUGCGCUAUGAUCUUUAAAUUUUGUCCAACGUGAUGACUUAUGUAGAGCAGGUUGGACUUCCGUUGUUCAUGUAGAGAUUAGCAUCUGGUCUACAGGUCAGCUGAAGAGUUGGAAGUGUUCUCAAUUUUUGAAUAGCAUCUAAAAUUUAGCUAAAAUACUACCAGAGAACCUUCUACAUGAUGUCUCUAGAAAACCUAACCUUACAUUGGAUUUUUGACUUAAAAUAGAUGUUCUUCAAGUUCUUCUAGAUCUGUUCUGAACCUGGUUCCUCUUCUGUUUCCAUCAUUCUUAAGAAGUGAUUAUGGUUGUGCGUUCAAAUGUCUAAGUUUUGUCGGUCUUGGGUAUAUCUGUUGUUUUUCUUGAGUAAAAAAAAAUAAAACUGUAUGUAAUGUACCAUCUGGUUUAAGAGACAAAUCCUUAACAAAAUAUGACAGUGAUUUUCACGUGAACAAGUAUUGCAGUAGUUGUCUCCAUUUCUGCAGAACUUAAUACCAAUAAAAUAAUAUGCUAUAGACUUGUUUUCUAUGUGUGUGACAAUCAGAAAUGUCAAUUCACUCUGUGUAGGUCGAAGGCUACCAGCAAAGCACACAGGCAAUAUUUGUGUAUAUACUUGACAUGCUUUGAAGUAAUUGUAUAGUAGAGUAUAGUAGACUGUCUCCAUUUGUUCUGUGUAUUGUUCUUGGUGAAAUGAAGACACAAAAUUGUCUACAAGAGUUUAUUAUCUCAGCUAAUACAAAAGGAGCUUAUGUGGAUGGUCACUUUUGCUAAUUUCAGUAGAGUUGUGACAUUUUUUAAAGUAAUGUGUGACACUGAUUUCUAUUGUUUAAUACUUAUUUGAUGGAGGCCGUGACGACAGCCACCACCUGACCCCACUGUAUCAUGAAAAUCCAUAGAUAUUACUCACAAAGGACAUCAGCCUUGUGCCAGCUGAGCAGUAGACUGCAUAAAAUACAUUGUUCCCCUUGGUGGGUUGUUUUGUGACAUUGACCUUCACAAUGACGACUUCCUUGGGGUUAUGUGGCAGACCAAAUGAUGAUUUGUAUAUAUAAAUGUUAGGGAUUUGUCUCUUUAACACUAGUUUCAUACACUGUGUACUUUAGUUGAGGGUACAUAUUAUAAAAUUAUUGGCAAAGUUUAAUAAAGCGACAAAACUUGCAA